AUACCAAUUUAAUCCAACUUCCGAUUCUCAAUCAGAUUGUCAAAGAUUAGAAGUCGAACUUUGGAAUUAAUUUAAAUUUAAAAGAUUUUUGUAUUUUUUUUUUGUUUCUGCUACAGUAUCAGCAAAACCGGUUUUUUAAUCGCUAAAGAUUUUAUACUAAAUAGUCUAUUUGAUAAUUUAACUAUUUAAAAUGAUUCAAUUUGGAAUUAUCGCUAGGAACUUUUCAAGUUCCUCAGCUGUUCAAAGUGCAAUUAAAAAUGUUACCGUUAUAGGAGGUGGUUUGAUGGGAUCAGGAAUUGCCCAGGUAACAGCACAAGCAGGCCAAAAUGUAACAUUAGUGGAUGUAAACUCGGAUGUUUUAGCAAAAUCACAAAAGUCCAUUCAGAAUAGUUUGGGCAAAGUAGCCAAGAAAAUAUACAAAGACAAUCCCCAAGAAGCAGAGAAGUUCAUGACCGAGUCCUUUGCGAGAAUUAAGACUUCCACAGACCCUGUGAGUGCUGUGCAGGGUACGGACCUGGUGAUUGAAGCUAUCGUUGAGAAUAUUGAUAUUAAGCACCAGCUCUUCCAGAAACUUGAUAGCGCUGCCCCAGACCACACUAUAUUUGCGUCAAACACCUCAUCAUUGUCAAUCAAUGAUAUUGCAUCCAUAGUGAAGAGGAAGGAUAAAUUUGGUGGCCUCCAUUUCUUCAAUCCAGUGCCAGUAAUGCGUCUCCUGGAAGUGGUCAGAGGCAGCGAGACCUCCGACACCACAUACAAUACCAUGAUGCAAUGGGGAAAGUCCGUUGGCAAGACUUGUGUGGCCUGCAAGGACACUCCCGGGUUUAUCGUUAAUAGAUUGCUGGUUCCUUACAUGGCAGAGGCUUUGAGGUUAUUGGAGAGAGGUGAUGCUUCAGCCCGCGACAUUGACGUGGCUAUGAAGUUAGGUGCUGGCUAUCCUAUGGGUCCCAUAGAAUUGGCCGACUAUGUGGGUUUGGACACCACCAAAUUCAUUCUCGACGGAUGGCACAAAAAGUUCCCCGACCAAGCCCUGUUCAAACCAAUCCCUAUUAUGAACAAAUUGGUUGCUGAAGGCAAACUUGGUGUUAAAACUGGAGAAGGCUUUUACAAAUAUGAGAAGAAAUAAAUGAGAUGCAAUUUUUAAAGUUUUUAUAGUUAAGCGAAGGAA